UUUGUGAGUGAGUGAUUUUCAAAAUUCUCAGUAAUUCUCUUUUUGAGGAGAAUACGUCUAUGGACUGAUAUAAGAAGAUCUAGAAUAAUUUGAAUCAUAAAGCACUGCAAUGGAUAAACUCAGAAUGAUACUACUUGAAGACUCAGGACCUAUUGAUUUUAGAAGAGAUUUUGUCCACUUGCAUCCCUUCACUAUCGCUUUAGUCUCACUUCUCAGUGCCUCCUUCAUCGCCAGUUCUCUUGGUGGAACAGAGAAGCAACUGAGGCUCAUGGCUGGUGAAAACAAUUGUAGUGGGAGAGUAGAAGUGAAAGUCCAGGAGGAAUGGGGCACAGUGUGUAAUAAUGACUGGAGCAUGGAGGAGGUCUCUGUGAUAUGCAGACAGCUCGGAUGUCCAACUGCCAUCAAAGCCCCGAGCUGGGCUAAUUCCAGCGCAGGUUCUGGGCGCAUUUGGAUGGACCAUGUUUCCUGCAGAGGAAAUGAAUUGGCUCUUUGGGAUUGCAAACAUGAAGGAUGGGGAAAGCAUAACUGUACUCACCAACAAGAUGCUGGAGUAACCUGCUCAGAUGGAUCUGAUUUGGAAAUGAGGCUGAUGAAUGGAGGAAACCGGUGCUCAGGAAGAAUAGAGGUCAAGUUCCAAGGCCAGUGGGGAACAGUGUGUGAUGAUAACUUCAAUAUCGAUCAUGCCACUGUGGUUUGCAAGCAACUUGAAUGUGGAAGUGUCAUCAGUUUCCUUGUUUCAGCAAAGUUUGGAGAAGGUUCUGGGCCAAUCUGGUUUGAUGAUCUUGUAUGCAGUGGAAAUGAGUCAGCUCUCUGGAACUGCAAGCACAGAGGAUGGGGCACGCACAACUGCGAUCACGCUGAGGACGCUGGUGUGAUUUGCUCGGAUGGGGCAGAUCUGAGCCUGAGACUGGUAGAUGGAGUCACUGAAUGUUCUGGAAGAUUAGAAGUGAAGUUCCAAGGAGAAUGGGGAACAAUAUGUGAUGAUGGUUGGGACAAGAAGGAUGCCGCUGUGGCUUGUAAACAACUGGGAUGUCCAACUGCCAUCACGGCCAUUGGUCGAGUUAAUGCCAGUGAGGGAUCUGGACACAUUUGGCUUGACAGUGUUUCCUGCAAUGGGUAUGAGUCUGAUCUCUGGCAUUGUAAACACCAAGACUGGGGAAAGCAUUAUUGCAGUCAUCAUGAGGAUGCUGGCGUGACAUGCUCAGAUGGAUCAGACCUGAAGCUGAGACUUGUUGGUGGAGGCAGCCGCUGUGCUGGAACAGUGGAGGUGGAAAUUCAGAAACUUUUAGGGAAGGUGUGCAACAAAGGCUGGACAAUGGAAAAAGCUAAUGUGGUUUGCAGGCAACUGGGAUGUGGAUCUGCACUCAAAACAUCCUAUCAGGUGUAUUCCAAAAUUAAGGCAACAAACACAUGGCUAUUUGCAAGCAGCUGUAUUGGAAAUGAAAGUUCACUUUGGGACUGCAACAAUUGGCAGUGGGGUGGACUUCCCUGUGAUCCCGAAGAAGAAGCCCAAGUCACCUGCUCAGGCCACAGGGAACCCAGGCUGGCUGGAGGGGACAUUCCCUGCUCUGGUCGUGUUGAAGUGAAGCAUGGUGACAAAUGGGGCUCCGUCUGUGAUUCUGACUUCUCCCUGGAAGCUGCCAAUGUGCUAUGCAGAGAGUUACAGUGUGGCACAGCCAUCUCUAUCCUUGGGGGAGCUCACUUUGGAGAAGGAAAUGGACAGAUCUGGGCUGAAGAAUACCUAUGUGAGGGAAAUGAGAUGCAUCUUUCACUCUGCCCAGUAGCACUCCGCACAGAUGGGACUUGCAACCAUAGCAGGGACAUUGGCGUAGUCUGCUCAAGAUACGCAGAAGUUCGGUUGGUGAAUGGCAAGUCAUCCUGUGAGGGAAGGGUGGAGCUCAAAGUGCUUGGGACCUGGGGAGCCCUCUGCAAUUCUCACUGGGACAUAGAAGAUGCCCACGUUCUUUGCCAGCAGCUUAAAUGUGGAGUUGCCCUUUCUAUCCCAGGAGGAGCACAUUUUGGGAAAGGAAGUGGCCAGGUCUGGAGACACAUGUUUCACUGCAGUGGGAUGGAGCAGCACAUAGGCGAUUGUCCUGUAACUGCUCUGGGUGCAUCGCUUUGUACAGCAGGCCAAGUGGCCUCUGUGAUCUGCUCAGGAAACCAGUCCCAGACACUAGCUCCAUGCAAUCUGUCUUCUUUGGCCCCAACAAGCUCUACCAGUCCCAAAGACAGUGCUGUUGCCUGCAUAGAGUUCAUGUCCCUGAGACUGACCAGUGAAAACAGCAGGGAGACCUGCAGAGGGCGUCUGGAAGUUUUUUACAAUGGAGCUUGGGGCAGCGUUGGGAGGAAUAACAUGUCUUCAACCACUGUGGGGGUUGUAUGCCGGCAGCUGGGCUGUGCAGACAAAGGAAACGUCAACCCUGCAUCCUCAGACAAGACACCAUCGAGGCACAUGUGGGUGGACAACAUUCAGUGUCCCAAAGGACCUGCUACAUUAUGGGAAUGUCCAUCAUCUCCAUGGAAGCAGAGAGUGGCCAGCCCCUCAGAGGAGACGUGGAUCACAUGUGAGAACAAAAUAAGACUUCAAGAAGGGCCCAACAAUUGUUCUGGACGUGUGGAGGUCUGGCAUGGAGGCUUUUGGGGGACAGUGUGUGAUGACUCCUGGGACAUUGUGGAUGCACAGGUGGUUUGUCGCCAGUUGGGCUGUGGCGAAGCUUUUGAGGCAAUCAAAGAAGCUGGCUUUGGUCUAGGGACUGGACCUAUAUGGCUCAAUGAAGUGAAGUGCAAAGGGAACGAAUCUUCCUUGUGGGAAUGUCCUGCUGGACCAUGGGGGCACAGUGACUGCUGGCACAAGGAAGAUGCAGCUGUAAAAUGCCACCCAGGAUAUUCAGAUACCAAAGGACCACUGAGAAACACAGGUCAUCCAUUCCUUAUUGCAUUUGGAAUCCUGGGAAUCAUUCUGUUGGCCGUUCUCAUUGCAUUCCUCUUGCGAACUCAAAACCGAAAACAAAUACAGCUGCUUACAGUUUUCUCAAGAGGAGAACAUCUUGUCCACCAUGUUCAGUACCAGGAGAUGAAUUCUGGCACCAAUGCAGAUGAUCUGGACCUGCUGACUUCCUCAGGUGCCACUUUGAAAGACACUGAAGAGAAAAAUGAGAAUUUAUAACCCAUAAGUUCAGCCUUUAGGAUGACUUGAUGAAGACCUGAACUUGAAUGAAGCAAGAACAUACCUUGUUCACUGAAGAUUAUAGUUGCAUUUAAAGCCCUUUCUUUGCUAGUAUUCAAAGACUAUUGUUGAAUUUACAAAAAUUAAUUUUGUGAAUGUAACUGUUUACUAGUAUACAUAAGACUUUUAAGAGAAUUAAAUUUUUAAAAAUUA